UAUCGCGAGUUGUGUCGUAACUAGCAGCAGACUUACUCACGUCACGUGAUCAGUCUACGAAGAAGCAGUAACUUUGUGCUCAUGGAAGCGGCUUUGGAGCAGCAUUUGGAGGAUACAAUGAAAAAUCCCUCCAUUGUUGGAGUGAUAUGCACUGACUCACAAGGUUUAAACUUGGGGUGCUGUGGGAGCCUAUCCGAUGAGCAUGCUGGCAUAAUUUCCAUACUUCCUCAGCUAGCAGCUAAACUUACUGCGGACCACACUGAUGUGCCUGUUGUCUGCAUGGAAUCAGAUUCUGGAACCAUAAUGAUUCAGAAGCAUGACCAGCUGACUGUUGCUGUCCACAAAAUGUCCUCUUAAAGCUUUGUGUGAAGACUGAAUAUGACUCUCCACCUUAUUCUACUGGCUGCCGUUUCUGAAGCAUGGAGAUUAUGGCAGCAGCUCCACUGAUAUAUAUUUACAAAUGCCAUGGGCCUUUUUAUAGCAAUGUUACUUUACGAAUAUGAAUUAAAGUGGAACUUCAGGCAAAAUA